CACCCGACAGCAGGAGGACUCGAGCAUCCUUCAUGAUUCUGCAUUAGAGUCGCGCUCUCUAUCAACAAACCACGGGCCUUCACCGAUCUAACAGCGGCUCUACGCGCAUAUCACACUUUAAAUCAUGGAUAAUUCUGGCAAAGAGAAGGAAGCCAUGCAGCUGAUGGCAGAGGCGGAUAAAAAAGUCAAAUCAUCUGGUUCGUUUCUCGGAGGGAUGUUCGGGGGUAACCAUAAAGUAGAGGAUGCGUGUGAAAUUUAUGCCAGAGCUGCCAACAUGUUCAAGAUGGCCAAGAAUUGGAGUGCUGCAGGAAAUGCAUUCUGCCAAGCUGCGAGACUUCAUAUGCAGAUGCAGAACAAACUGGACUCUGCAACCAGCUUCGUCGAUGCAGGAAAUGCUUACAAGAAGGCAGAUCCUCAUGAGGCUAUCAACUGUUUAAACGCAGCUAUCGAUAUUUAUACAGACAUGGGAAGAUUCACAAUUGCCGCAAAGCAUCACAUGACUAUUGCAGAGAUCUAUGAAUCUGAGCUAGUGGAUAUUGAAAAGGCGAUUGCCCAUUUUGAGCAGGCCGCAGAUUAUUACAAAGGCGAGGAGUCAAACAGCUCUGCCAAUAAGUGUCUGCUGAAAGUCGGCUCUUACAGCGCUCAGCUCGAGCUGUAUCCCAAAGCCAUUGAGAUCUUUGAGCAGGUCGCAACCAGUACAAUGGAUAACCCUCUCCUGAAAUACAACGCUAAAGAGUAUUUCUGGAAAGCAGCUCUGUGUCACUUCAUUGUGGAUGAACUGAACGCAAAGCUUGCCAUUGAAAAGUAUGAAGGGAUGUUUCCGGCAUUCUCUGACUCAAGAGAAUGUAAGCUUUUGAAAAAACUUCUGGAAGCUCAUGAGGAGCAGAACUGUGAGGCGUUCACUGAGGCCGUGAAGGAGUUUGAUUCGAUCUCCCGUCUCGACCAAUGGCAGACCACGAUGCUGCUGCGUAUCAAGAAAACCAUCCAGGGUGAUGGAGGUGACCUGAAGUGAUGUGUCCAAGACAAAUAUUGUGGCAUCAUAUCCAGUUUCAUUUCUUACUGUACUGUAUGUAUAUGUGUGACAAUCUGAUUGAACAUUUCUGUAGUGCUAUAGCUCAAAAACUAGCCCAGACUCCAGUCUGUUGAGGUAUUUAAAGAGGCUACUUGUAUUGCGAAAGACUGGCGUUUGAAAAACCAGAAGUGUAUAUACAAUAUUAAUAUUGUUCAAUUCACUCCUGGAAGGUCUGUACAAUGGCAUUUCUCUAUCCCUUUACUUCACCGUGAAGAAAUCUUUACAGAUAACCCUUCUAUGUUCCUGUAUGUGGCGUGCAUGAUCCCGUAGAGCUGUUAUCUUUCUAAUGUUCACUUACAUGUUGUCACUGGCACUGUCAUGCAUGAUAAAUGUUUAAAGUGUGUUUAUGUGGUGUAAAAUAUCAAGAGUUUGUGUGUGCACUUUAUUUCAAAACUUAAAAGACUCAAUUAAAUGUCUGUUUAGAUUGAAAACACAUUGCCUUUGCUUAUUUUCAUCAUUUUUGCGCCAUAUGUCUCAAAAAUAGAGCCGAUGCUGUCUUUGUCGAUACAGAAGUGUACAUUUUAUCCACAUUUUUGCAUUAGUGGUUACAGUAAAUGAAGCGUACAUGUUUCAUAAUCUGCAGAAUAGAGUCUUUUGUUCACUAAAGUUGAUGAAAUGCUCAAUUUAAGUGAAAAGACUCAUUUCACAGUGUGAUUUGGUAAUCUGAUCAAAUUGCAGAAAACAUGACGAAAAUAAUGUGGUGAACAUGCAUCUAUCAGUUUUGAUUGUUGAUUUCUUUUCAUGUUAUUUGUACGUUUAUGUUUAGUUAGUUGUUGUUUUGAACAUCCAACAUUUAUUAUGUUUACUUCUUUGGUUCACUUUGUGUUUUGUUAUUUGAAGUUCUAUACAGUGUUGGAUAAUUUGGUGGAGAACAAUUAGUUUUACACUUUAUGUCAGUAAUUAAAUGAUUAUGUUGAUUGAACUGAUACAUCAAACCAUAAAACACGUUGUUAUUACGGUCAGGGAAUAAAAAGUAUAUAUAUUAAAAAAACUAUGUAAAAUAGAUGCCAAAUCGGAUUGAGACAUUUUAAUAAAUGUUCCAUCUAUAUUCAGAGAUAGAUAAUAAUAAAUCAUGAUCCACACCAUGUCUGAAA